GUGUAUGGAAAUAUAGAACGACACCUCCUUUUGAAUAAACCUCAAUCUCUUCUCUUCUUCUUCCUCCCUCAGAUUCUGGGUGCGACGAUGGAGCUUCGACCUCGCAACAAGGCGAUUGUUUCAUUGGACCAAGGUGUGAAUCUGGAGGAAGAUGAAGAAGCUUAUGAUAUGUCCUCUUCAGAUAAUGAUUCUACCGACUCUGAGUUUCAAGUUUCUGAUGAUGAUGUUGAUGGUAAUGAUGAUUUACCAAAUCCUGUCCCUGCACCUGUGGAUGCUGUCCCUCUUGCUGUCUUUGUGCCUCUGCCAAAUGCAAACCCACCAAGAGGCACCAAAAGGAAAAGCACCACCCCAGUCAUCAAAGAGAAAGGCAAGCUCCUGUGGGAGCUCUGGGAGAAAGAGGAUGAAAAAUGGGUCGACCAACACAUGACAGAGGAUGUAGACUUGGACCAGCACAACAACGCCGUCAUCACCGAAACCGCCGAGCCGCCUCCUGAUCUCAUCAUGCCGCUCCUAAGGUACCAAAGGGAGUUUUUAGCAUGGGCGUCGAAACAAGAACACUCAGUCUCAGGAGGCAUACUAGCAGACGAGAUGGGGAUGGGGAAAACCAUACAAGCCAUCUCUCUCGUCCUCGCGCAACGCCAAGUCGACAGACCAGUUGGUUGCACGCUUGUGCUUUGUCCACUCGUUGCUGUCUCUCAGUGGCUAAGCGAGAUCGAUCGGUUCACAUCACCAGGAAGCACUAAGGUUCUUGUCUACCACGGAGCCAAGAGAGAGAAGAACGGUAACGAGUUCAAGAAGUACGACUUUGUGCUGACGACGUACUCUACCGUCGAGAAUGAGUUCAGGAAGUGUGUGAUGCCUGGCAAGAGGCAAUGCGAGUACUGCAGCAAAUGGUUUCUUCCGAACAGGCUUGUGACCCACCAUGCGUAUCACUGUGGGCCAUCUUCUGCGAAGGCUCUGAGAAAAUCUAAGCUGAAUAUGAACCCUCUUGCUGUAAUGGAAAGAGAGAGAGCAGCAGCCGAGGCUGAAGAGGCUAGUAGCAAGGGGAAGCGAUCUAAGAAGAAGAAGACUAAACAAGCUUUAGAGGAAGAAGAUUCAGUGAAUAGAAAGAAAUCUGUUUUGUAUUCUAUUAAAUGGAACAGGGUCAUUUUGGAUGAGGCUCAUUACAUCAAAGAGAGACGUAGCAACACUGCGAGAGCUGUUUUUGCUUUGGAGGCUACUUAUAGAUGGGCUUUGAGUGGGACUCCGCUCCAGAAUCGUGUUGGAGAGCUUUACUCUCUGAUACGCUUCCUGCAGAUUAGUCCAUACUCUUAUUACUUCUGCAAGGACUGUGACUGCAAGAUUCUUGAUUACACUACGCAUGCAAACUGUCACAGCUGCCCUCACAAUGCAGUGCGGCAUUUCUGUUGGUGGAACAAGAAUGUGACCAACCCAAUAACGGAGCCUGCUUAUGGAAACGAGGAACGGGGCAAGAGAGCCAUGAUAUUGCUUAAACACAAAGUUCUGAAAGACAUCCUCCUAAGACGUACUAAACUGGGCCGGGCAGCUGAUCUUGCGCUUCCUCCUAGAAUCAUCACUCUGAGGAGGGAUGCACUAGAUGUAAAAGAGUCUGAUUACUAUGAAUCACUAUACCAAAACAGUCAAUCCCAAUUCAAUACGUAUAUCGAGGCUGGGACAAUUAUGAAUAACUUUGCUCAUAUAUUUGAUCUUCUAACCCGUCUGAGACAGGCUGUUGAUCAUCCAUACCUUGUGGUGUAUUCCAGUUCUGGAGGUGCUAAUGCUAACUUGAAUGAUGAGAACAAAAAGGACCAAGAAUGUGGUCUAUGCCAUGAGCCAGCUGAGGACAAUGUUGUGACUUCAUGUGAACAUGUGUUCUGUAAAGCUUGUUUGAUUGAUUUCGCUGCAUCCCUGGGGGAAGUCUCCUGUCCAACAUGCUCAACACUAGUGACUAUGGACUGGACUACUAAAGCUGACAUAGAGCAGCAGGCAAACAAGACAACAAUUAAAGGAUUUAGAGCCUCAAGCAUUUUAAAUCGGAUUAAGCUGGAUGAUUUUCAGACUAGUACAAAGAUAGAGGCUUUGAGGGAAGAGAUAAGGCUCAUGGUCGAGAGAGAUGGGUCUGCGAAAGCAAUAGUUUUCAGCCAGUUCACAUCAUUCUUGGAUCUGAUAAACUACACACUCGGGAAGUGUGGGGUUGGUUGCACUCAACUGGUGGGAAGCAUGUCAAUGGCAGCUAGAGAUGUUGCUAUCAAUAAAUUCAGAGAAGAUCCGAAUUGCAAAGUUUUCUUGAUGAGUUUGAAAGCUGGAGGGGUUGCUCUCAACUUAACAGUCGCUUCACAUGUGUUUAUGAUGGAUCCGUGGUGGAACCCAGCGGUUGAGAGGCAAGCACAAGACAGAAUACAUAGGAUCGGGCAGUACAAACCAAUCAGGGUUGUGAGAUUCAUAAUAGAGAACACAGUGGAGGAAAAGAUUCUGAAGCUUCAAAAAAAGAAGGAACUUGUGUUUGAAGGGACCGUUGGUGGUUCUCAGGAGGCCAUAGGAAAGUUGACAGCGGAAGAUAUGAGGUUUCUGUUUACCAUCUAACUUAAUCUUUUUAGAAUUCGAAACUUAAUCAUAAGACGGAAGCAAAUGGUUUUUGUUUUUUUUUUUACCUUAUAUCAAAAACAAACCAGUUAAACUUUAUUUCACCUAAAGACAUGUUUUUGACUAGAAAUCUAGACUAGAGUUA